AGUAGACGUGCAGAGUGGUUUGCUCAAAUAUAAAAUCAUCAUCAUUGAAGAUAGUUGAUACCAUAACCUUGGUGAAUUUAAAAAAUGGAUUUAAAGUUUCUGCUGGUUGUAGCACUAAGUAUUUUACUGGUUUCUGUGUACGCAGCGCCUCUCAAUAAAAAGAAAAAGAAAACUUCAACAGCUACACUGUCGAUGUCGUCAAUAGCAACAACUACGCCACUGAAGACGACGCCUACAACAACAACGACGACGACUAAAAUUACAAUGACAAAAAAAAUAGAUCCUUGUGACUAUCAAUGCGGUGAGAACGCGAAAAAAAGGAUUGUAUGUGGAUCAAAUGGCAAGACUUACAACAUGUGCGAAUUACUAACUGAAUCUUGCAAACACAAUUGGACCAUUAAGAUGCAAACAUCGGGACCUUGCUAGGAGUCAUAGCAGCAAAAACGUUAUGAUAUGGAUGUUUGAUCAAAAAUUCAGACAGUAAUUGGUACCUUAAAAAGAAGAUUAACACUGAAUCAAUUAACAAACUGAGGAAAACGAGCCUUACCACGUCAAAGCAUUGUCUUUGUAAUUACUUGUUUUAAAAUAUAUAUAUUUUUAACCUGAAACAGGUUUCGAUUUUCAA